AUGGGUGAUGGAAUUUCAGAAAUUUUUAAUUCUUUUCAAGACUAUUUAAAUAACGAAGAAGAAUUGCGCGAGGAAAUCCGUGCUAUUGUAAAAGAUCUUGAAAAAAGUGCCAGAGAUAUUCUGAUGAUAUUGCAAAAUAUUCAUAAUGAAAAUAAUAUGGAAGAAAACAUAAUUGUAUCUCAAUAUUGUGCAACAUCAAGAGAAUUAUUUAAAGAUAUACGUAAAAACUAUAUAAGACUUGCAGAAGUUGUACCAAGAGACCAAUAUUAUAGAUUUCAUGAUCAGUGGCAAAUUAAAGUUUUAGUCACCAAAGAAACUGUUGCAGAAAUAUUAGGAGUUAAAAAUAACAGAGAAGAUGGUUUUCAUUUGGACUUAGAAGAUUACUUAAUGGGUUUACUACAAUUAUCUGCUGAAUUGAGUCGUUUUGCUGUAAAUAGUGUUACCAAUGGUGAUUAUAAUCGACCUAUAGAAAUAGCACGUUUUGUAAAUGACCUAAAUGCAGGUUUUAGACUUUUAAAUUUGAAAAAUGAUUCUCUACGAAAACGUUUUGAUGGCCUAAAAUAUGCUGUUAAAAAAGUGGAAGAAGUAGUUUAUGAUCUUACAAUACGAGGUUUGAAACCAUUUCCAAGUCCAGUUAUUCAAGAAACAGAAUAA